AUGGUUGUGAUGGAGGAAAUCGUGGGACGCGCUGACGGACGCCCGCGAGAAGAAAACUCUGACAAGAGGCAGCAGCCCACCACAUGUGGAGCAAUAUUGACACAGUUGAGCAAUGUUCUUUGCAAUGGGAGCGAAGAUCCUGCCAUCAACGGCAAAGGGAAGGAGGUAGUGGAGGAGGCAGCCAGGUUGGUGAGGGAGUUGAAGGUCAAACUGGGGGAGGUGAUGCUGGCCAAGGUGGAAGACGCGACCGUGGCGACACGUGUACAACGCCAACCCGAAGGAGUGAAAGAAGCCAAACUGUCAUCAUGGGCCAAGGUCGCAGGACAGGGAAUUCCAGAAAAACCAGUGCCUAACCGAACCCUCCGCGAGAUUACUGUCCUACGCCGGGACUGCGAAGCCCUCCCAGCUGAGGAGGCCACCCCCCCAGCGAUUGUGGCAGCCGUCAACGCCAGAAUUGUGGAUGUGACAAAGGGAAAGGUGCUUGCAGCAAGAUGUCUCCCCAGUGGAGACAUCAUCCUGACAACCGACGCGAGGGAGACCAGGGAGGCCUUGACUAAGAGCAGCACAUGGCUGGAAGUCUUGGGACAAAAGGCGAAGGCAAAGCACACCCUGUACCCAGUCAUGGUUAAGGGAGUCCCAAUGGGCAACACCAACUGGAAGGAGGAACAGCAAGCCAUCAAGGCAAUUUACGCACAGAAUGAAGGACUCCGAAGAGGGGUACAAAUUGAGAGACUGUCUCUACGACGGAAUGCCAGCUUGCAGGCAAAGGUUGGGUCUCUUGUACUCAGCGUCACCUCGCCUCAGCAAGCCAACCUACUAGUAGACAAUGGAUUGAUAAUAGACAGCAUAUUUUGUGACGUUGAAAUCUUCCACCGGGAAGCGCAGGUCACCCGGUGCUUUAACUGCCAUGAGCAGGCCAAAAGGUGCGGGUUCUGCGCGGCAAAAGAACAUGACGACAAGGAAUGCCCAGCACGAAAAGCUGGGGAACAACCGAGGGCGCAAAUUGUAGGGGAACACACCCAGCCUGGGUCUCUAAGUGCCCUGAGAGGGAGAGGGCAUCAAGCAGGGCCCGUACAGCAUACAUGGAAAGACCCCAGUUAUGGGUGCGUUAUUGGCAGACCCUGCAACAGAAGACAAAUACGACGUAAUUGCAGUACAAGAGCCCAGCCGGAAUCCCCACAUGCUAGCAACACACUGCCCCAGAAGCUGCGGCUUCUGGCCAGCAUAUCACCCGGAAACACACCCAAGAUCAAUGUGUAUGCACCUCCUCCAGGGGGCUACAGCAGUGAACCGGAGGAAUCCCCCAUAGGCCAGCUGCAGGAGGUAGCCGGAAUGGGCACAGAUGCAGAGCUGGUCAUAUUAGGAGAUCUUAAUGUCCACCAUGAGAGGUGGGGAGGGGUGAGAGUGGAGAGAAACUUCCGCAUGGCAUGGCAGCUAAUAGCACAGGUGGAUAGGCUGGGUCUCCAGCUUGCCACACCUGGCGGGGCUACCACAUGGCAGGACAGAGGCAGCCCAGGGACGACUAUAGACCUCACCUUUCUAUCACCACUCCUGCACGACAAGCUCAGGAGGUGUGCAAUAGCGGAGGAGGCAUGCAAAGGAUCUGACCAUAAGCCCAUAGAAACAACACUGGAACUCACACCCAUCCCAAAGGAGGCUGAGAGACGAAACUGGAAGAAUGCGGAGCCUGAGGAGGUAGCAAGGGACUGCCAAAAGCUAUAUGUGCCACAAAGCCUGGACUCCAGGCAAGCAGUCAAGGAGUAUGCAGACUACCUGGUAGGAUUUGUAGGGACAUUAGCGGACAAACACGCCACCGUAAGUAAGGCUGGGUUAAAAUCCAAGACAUGGUGGUCACCGAGGGUGGCCAAGGCAGUGGAGGAGUACAAGCAGGCUAGGAGGUCCCAGCUCCCAGAAAUGGAGCGGCUCAGGGCACGCUGCAAGCGCAACAGAGAAAUCCACUUGGCUAAGACAGCAAACUUCAGAGAUCUGGUUGACAGGACCCGUGAUGACCCCAGAUUGAUGUGGGGACUGGCAAAAUGGGGCAAGGAAAGAAGCCAUCUGCCCCCACAGGCACCUACUGUCCCCCCCCUGAGAACAGGGGAAGGGGCUGACGCGACGGUAGAAACCUCUUUUGAGGGGAAGGCUGAGGCAUUACGACAACGGUUCUUCCCACAGCCAGAGCCCGCCGACUUAAGUGACACCAAUAUGGAGCUGCUGCAAGCUGAAAGGGAAGCGUCAAAUGACACCAUCAGUGUGGAGGACAUGGAAAGCCUGAUCCAGAGACUGCCAAACAGGAAGGCACCAGGGAGGAGUGGGAUCACCAACGAGUUCCUUAAGAUGCUGGGCAGAACAUUUGUGGAGGCCAUAACAGCUCUCACCAAUGCAUGCUGGCAUUGGGAGACUUACCCAGACACGUUUAAGGAAGCCAAGACAGUGGCCUUGCGCAAGCCAGGGAAGGCUGACUACCAGACUGCAGGAGCGUGGAGACCCAUUGCCUUGCUGGACACAAUAGGGAAGAUUGUGGAGGCAGCAACUGCAAAACGCCUGCGGAAGAUCGCGGAGGACCACAACCUGCUACCCUCACAGCAAAUGGGGGCAAGAAGGGGCAGGUCCACGAAACAGCCAUAG